AUGCGUCCGUCCCCCGUCCAAAUGCGCGUCCCAGCUGGGUACGUCCCUGGACCGGUGCCGUCACCAGCGCCAGCCAGUCGCGGCCCCGGCCCCAUGAUCCGUCCUCCGCAACAGCCCCAUCAACAGAUGUCCCAACAGCAGAUGGCAGCGCAGCAUCAGGCGGCAGUCGCCGAGCGCGAGCUUGCCAAGCGCCGCGCGAGGAAACCGACCGACAAGACCAUCCCCGAGGGCGUCGAGGAGAUUGUGGCCAAUGCGCGCGUCUAUAGGGAUCUCAGGGAGAUGGAGAGACGGUACGAUGCUGCCAUUAUGCGCAAGAGGUUGGAUAUACAGGAUGCUGUGAAUCGUAAUAUCAAGAAUACCCGGACUUUGCGCAUCUUCGUAUCCAACACGGCCAAGGACCAGCUAUGGCAGGUGUCGGAUCGUCCACUUGACGAGAACGCGUUCGAUUUCGAUACUGGCCAAAUCCCUACGUUCCGUGUGAAAAUUGAGGGCCGACUCCUUGACGAUGAGGAGAGCGAUGCGGCGGAAUUGGAUCCCGACUCUGACUUAGGACUCACACCACGCCCUGAUAAUGCUCCGCCUUUGCAGAAGCGCAAGUUUUCGCACUUCUUCAAGUCGAUAGUAAUAGAGCUUGACCGGUCGAGAGAACUGCACCCGGAAGGUAACACCAUCGAGUGGAGGAAGCAGUCGCCCGCCACCCAGCCCGCCACCUCCGCUCUCGGUCUCAACGGGCCUGCCGAGUUUGACGGCUUCGAGUUUGAGAGGAAAGGAGACGACAAUAUCAACUGCACCAUCAAGUUGAUCCGUGAUGAAUCGCCGGAUCGGUUCCGCCUUUCGCCCGCCCUCGCGGACUUGCUGGAUACCAAAGAGGAUACCCGUGCCGGCAUCGUAAUGAAGGUCUGGGAGUACGUGCGCGCACAUGGUUUACAGGAUCCCGACGAGAAGAGAACCAUCAAUUGCAACCCCCAGUUGCGGGCGAUCUUUAAUGUCGACCGCCUGUACUUUCCGCAAAUACCAGAACUGACGCUCUCGCAUAUCCAUCCAUUGGAGCCCAUCGUCAUCAAAUACCUCGUCCGCUGCGACGUCGCCGCAUCGAUGUCGCCACAGAUCCACGACGUCACCAUCUUCAUCGACGACCCCAUCCGACAGAAGAUGCACGCAGUGAUGCAAUCGCCAUCCUACAUCGGGAUGCUGCGCGAGAUCUCCACCAUUGACGACCACAUCGCCAUGCUGGUGCAAGCCAUCAACCACAGCAAGGCCAAGCGCGAUUUCUGGAGAAGUCUUGCCGAGGACCCGGCCGAGUUCGUCAAGCGCUGGGUCAGCUCUCAGAAGCGGGACUUGGACACCCUUAGUGGAGAGACACCGGGACGGAUGGUGGAGGAGGACGAGGUGCGCAAGGCUGCCCAGUGGAAGGAGAGGGUCGCCGAGAGUGUAUAUUUGUUACUUGUGAAGCAGAGACCUGUGCCGCAAUGA